AUGCUGCCGAAAGGGAUCGAGGAACGCCCGUUUACGGUCAGCACCGCCGGCCAGACGUACAAGCAGACGGAUCGGUUUGUGUACCUCGGACGUACCAUCUCCGCGGACAGGAAGGCCGACCGGGAGAUCACGAGCCGCAGCUGCCGAGCGUGGAAGUGCUACCGCCGGAACAGUGCUUCGAUGUACGACAGGCGACGGGCCGACCGCCAGCUCAAGAUCCGGCUACUCCAGGCUGAAGUGGUGGAGACUCUCCUGUGUGGGUGCGCCUCGUGGAGUCUAACAGCGGAACACUACACCAAGCUCAAUGGGACCUACCGCCAGUUCCUCACACGGCGCAUCGGCUGGAGCAAGCGGAAACGCUCAGAUCGCCCCCUGUCCUAUGCCCAGGCCCUCAUCCAGGCAGGCUGCGAAGAAAUCAUCGAGGCCACCGUGCACAAACGGAGACUGUGUUUCGCGGGCUUUGUUAUGCGCAUGGAGGACAACCGCCUCCCCAAUCGCAUGCUGUUAGAAGCGAUGGCGGGGGGCGUGGGAUACCGGGGCGGGCAGGAGAGCGACUGGGUGUCUCGUCUAGGAGAGGACCUCGUGGCCUUCAACAUGGGAGACGAAAAGGAAGGGGGUAAAUGGAAAGAGAGCGCCAAGGAUCCGGAGGUGUGGUACAACAAGGUCGAGGACGGGGCGGCAUGGUUCAUGAGGAAAUGGCACAGGCAGGAGGCGGAAGCGUCCGCGAAGCGCCAGCGCGCGCGGGAAGCAGAAGCAGAGAGCGGACGUCACCUGAGACUAGCGUGGGUAGACUCCCCCCCGGACCCGUCCCAAGGGUGGAGAGGCUGCGGCGGCCCGGCGCGCGUUCGCGUGGACACCGCCCUUCGCCCACAAGACCCCGCCGUGAUGAUCAUUCCAGGGCCCCGGGCGGCCGCGAGGGACCCGGUCGUCCACCUCCGAGCCUGCGCCGUGCCGCCUCACUUUGUCCAGCCGUGGACUACCGUCGAGAUUGUGCGGGACGGCGGCGGCGGCGGCGGCGGCGGUGGUGAUGGAGAUGGUGAACCGGUGGCGGAGGGCACCGAGGUUGGGGACGCGAGAUCGGCGUUGCGUCCGGAAUCCGCCCUCGAGCUCCUGCGGGGCUGCGUCGUCAGGUCCGGCGGCGUCGUCCACUUCCUUCACGCCCCGGCAGAUGCCGCCUGCCGCGGCGUUCGGCUCCUCUGUCGACGGGCGCCGGAGUACGUUGUCCCCCUCUCGACAGAUUCUCCUCCUGGGACUACUCCCGUCACCGGCGCUUCCGCAAGCCGUCGCACGGGGGGCUCUCACGGGAGUGGCAAUGAGAAGUCAAGCCACGGCCGACGCAGGGGAACAAGGCGGCGUAGCAGAGAAGGGGAAGAUGCUGCGGAGAAGCAGAAAGUGGGGGCCUGCGGUGAAGGCGAGACGGAAAGGUUAGGGACGAAGCAGGCAACAGGGACUUACGUCGCAUGUACGCGGCGAGGGGAUUCGGCGACCGGAGCCAUCGCUGACGCCGUUGGGUGGAGCGAGAGCGGUACACCGGGAGGGAAGACUGGUGUGGAUAAGGAGGGGGACUGGGCCGGCCGGCUGUCCGAUUGGGGGGCGGUGACGAUCAGCAGCGAGGUUGUUGUGCCCCACAAGGCGCUCGAAGUGUCUUACCACGACAUUUCCGCCGCCGCCCCUUCAAAAACCACCUGUGGAGAAGGCCGCCGUCCCACUAGAGGGGAACCGGUUUGGGUGGAGACCGUCCUACGGAGUCACGAGGCUUCUGUCGUCGAUGACCUCUCGGCCGCUUUCGAGCUAGCAGAGACAGGGGUCAGCGCCGAUGGGGUUGCUGGACGGCGAGAGGAGAUGACCGUGAGGGGCGGCGGGGGUGGUAACGGCGGUAACGGUGCCUUGCUCGUUCACGGUCCUCCCGGGGUGGGAAAAACUCGCCUGGUUGAAGCGCUUGCGGCACGCCUUGGUUGUCGUCUUGUCAAGCUUUCUCCGGGAAGACUGGCCGCCAUCGGGGGGGUGCACGCCGACCGGGUCUUGUCGGAGGCGUUUCAAUACUGCCACCGGUGCGUAUCACGCAGGGUGGUACUACUCCUCGACUCCAUCGACAGGCUUACGCCGGCGGCUCGGGGCAACGUGGGUGCUUCCCGCGGCGAGGUGGACGCCGGCAAGCUGAACGCCUUCGUGCUUGCGGUGGAGCAGGGGCGGCGGGAUCCCCGCUGGCGCGGUCGCGUGGCCGUGGUGGGAGUGACGUCGUGGCCGGAUCAGGUGCAUCCCACCGCGCGUCGGUGCGCCGGGCAGGAGGUGCUCGUCCUUCCUCCCAGGCACGUCUCGUCGCUACUAUUUGCUGCACGCACAACCGUUGCCGUUGCCGUGCCUUUGUCUCCUCGCCCUCGUUCGAUUCGCACCCCGGCUACGGGGGAGCGCAGCCAGCCUCUGCGUGCUAGGAUCUUGAGCCGCGCUCUGCUGCACACGGGCAAGUGGGAAGAAGCACGCGCGGAUGAAGGCGGGAAAUCCCCAGCCACCAAAGCACAGCAGGACGCCUUCGAAGAAGUGGUCGGGCUUUGCCAGGGGUUCACGGCGGGGGACAUGUGCGCCGUUGCUGCUGCUGCUGCUGCUGCUGCUAGGUCGCGGCUACCGGAUAACGAUGACGAGGGGAGGCAAACGGCCGAGCAACGGGCUCUCGCUCGCGCGGAAGCUCUUCGUGCAGGGUUCCGACAGGUUCGACAGCGUGUGGCUGCCGGAAGGGGAGGGGCUGGCGGAGGCGGGGGCGGCUCGGCGUCCGUCGCCGGGGUACCGCGUGUGCGAUGGUCAGAGGUCGGUGGACUCGAGCGCGCCAAGCGCGCCGUGCAAGAGAUGGUGGUGUGGCCCGCACGGUUCCCGGAGGCGUUUUCUCGGAUGGGGAUAACGCCGGCGUCUGGGGUGCUCCUGUUUGGACCUCCAGGAACCGGGAAGACGCUGCUUGCCAAGGCCGCGGCCACCGAGACGGGGGCGACGUUCAUCGAGCUCAAGGUUUCCGACGUGGUCCGCGGAGAGAUCGGCGAGAGCGAGAAGGUCAUCGACCAGGCGUUUCGCACGGCGCGAGAGCUAGCACCGUCUAUCGUGUUCAUCGACGAGUUUCAGGCGCUCUUCGCUUCCAGAGAGGCGGGGGGAGGGACAGGCUCGCGCCUCGCGUCCCAGCUACUUGUGUGCAUGGACGAGCUGGCUCGCUGGAGAGCCGCCGCUAGGCGGAGCGUGGCCGACACUGCCGAUGGAAAAGACAGCGCCGGCGACAACAACGGCCCCACGCGGGCGGCGCAAGGAGGCGGGGGAGGGGAUGGGGGAGGCAGCGCGAACGUGAUGGUGCUGGCUGCCACUAAUGCCCCGGAGGCGGUCGACGCCGCGUUCUUGCGGCCGGGCCGUUUCGACGAGAUCGUGUAUGCGGGUCUCCCCGACGCCGACGGAAGGCGGCAGAUUCUGGGGGCCUCCAAGGCCCGAAUGGAAGGCCUGUCGACAACGGCAGCUGCUGCAACAGGUGCGAUGGUGGCGGAAGCUCCACCAUCUACGCAGUUGUCGCCUCCCGACGACUUCGACACUCGUGUGUUGGUCGCGGCCCAAGAGGUGAAAACAUCCCCUCCCACGGUCGACUCCUCCGCAGGCGCUUCGACGGCAACAACCGCAGCGGUGCCAACCAACGACGAACGAGGGAGCGGAUCACCGGCCCACCCCGACAGGAGCAGCAGCACCGGUGGUAGUGGGAGUCGUCCCGUCGGGGGCGGGAGCCGGGGCGGGAGGUGGGCGAGCGACGUGGACUUGCUGUGGCUGUCGCGGCAGACCAAGGGCUACAGCGGGGCCGACCUGUCCAGCCUGGUCAGGAACGCGGCAAUGGUCGCCUUUCGUGAGGAAGGCGGGGGCGGGUGCCGUGGCGGGAGGAGGGGCGCCUCGAGCUCGUUUGUCGGCGGUGGUAGGGGGACUGGUAGAAAGGAGGGGGUGUUGAUCAUAACGCGAAAGCAUUUCGAGGCAGCGCUGGCGAGCACCCAUCCUUCGUCUGGGACGGAAACGGCGGCGAAACACGAGAGAUGGGCCCGGCAGUGGCACGUUGGGUCAUGAACGGCAAUCGCCCACGGUCGGCGGUGUGCUUUUUGAUCGAGUGUGUUGUGCGCAGGUGCUUUGAGAUGCACGGAGCAAUUCACGCCGCCGCAAACGGUUUUCGUGCCCCUUGAAGUCUAGUUUGCAUCCUGUUGGUGUAUUGUUUUGUGUACCACCGGACAUUGCUCCCGGGGUUAAACGUCACGUGCCGGAGAAGACAAGAGAGAGGGAAAAGACUUUACCAUCAUGCCCCCAACGUACACGCAGGAUAUCUUGAGGAUCGCUGGCUAGUUUGUAGAUGAUGGCUUGUCGAAGCGAGAAGGAACGGAGAGCCUUUGACAAGGGAUUGGUUUCACAGAGAGAGGUAA